AUGGUGACUGCAAUCUGUGUGAUGGCAGCCACUCAUGCAUAUUACAACUUUCAAGUGGAGGAUUUCCCGAGCCCUUUUUAUGCUGCAUUCCUGCAAGUGGUUCGGCUUGGCAUCUUUGGUGACUUUGACAUGAUCGACUUUGAAGGCCAACGCGAAACUUUAGUUUUCAACGAAGAGGUGCAAGGCUGGCAACCUGUCGAUCUAGAUCCGUCCCCAGAUUACUUCUAUAUGCACGGACUGUUCUAUCUGGCGGGGAUGGGAAUUACUGUCCUUCUCAUGAACUUGCUGAUCGGUGUCCUUGGACAGAACUUUGACACCUAUCAAGCGCAGAGCUCCAUGCUCUACCUGAGAGCAAGGGCCAAGAUGUUGCGGACUAUCCAAAUCCGCCCUUGGACGCUUCGCUGCCUACGAAGAAAGGAAUGCAAGCAGAACCUGUCGGUGGCUGAGAGGAUAGUGGUUUGCGCAGGGAUCUUCCUUUGCUUUCCCUUGCUGCCAGUCCUCAGGAACAACUUUAUGGCCCUGGGGACAGCGAUGCAGCGGUCCUUGAAGGAAUACCAUGGGAUGGCAGUGCUUUUAUCUCUAUAUGCCCUAUUCUUUCUGCCUCUGUCUCUGGCCUGUCUUCUCUUGUAUCUGUUCGGCGGAUGGCAAGGGUGA